UGUAUCAAGCCCCAACCAAAAUCAGAUCAACUCGCAAGCAACAGCGAGCCCUGCCGCAUCUGGACAUAUUCACCAAGCAAUGCCAACAAGCUUCCCACAAGGCACCCAACGUCCACAGUCAACAGUAACACAGCCUCCAUCCCUGGCCAGGGUCAAUACCUUGCCAAUUCGCGCCCAUCAGCAACCAAAAAGCCAUUUGCAGCGAACAGCGACUGCGUAUGCACCCUCAUACCAACAUGCGAAUCAUUCGAGUUUCCCAACAAGCGGGCAACCGCAAUCUCCAACUAUGAGCAGUGCCACAGGUUCAACGACACUGAUAACCAGCUCCAUACUCGAAACUUCUACGCCGCCAGCAUCCCGUCAAAUGUCUCCGUCUAUACCUGUCUUAUUUGUAGCACAGGCCAGACCCAAACGCACUUUUGUGUUUGGUGCUACACAUCUGGCUCAGCGGCCACGUCUCACAGUCACGAUAAAGCUUUUUUCGUCACGGACUCUGAUCUGCCUAUCUUGUUACCUGCUAAUCCUGAGGUAUCGGUAAAUCUUUGGACAAUACGGAGGAAUGUGUUUGGCACAAUCUGGUACAUGUACAAAGCUACAGGACAACGCACACACGUGAAACCAAAUCCAAGCGCAGUCCUCCGGUCGGGAGGUCUACCUGUUGGGUGGGCUGAGCACAAGUCGCCGGAAGGACGUGUAUAUUUCUUCAAUGGCCUGACAGGAGCUAGUAGGUGGGACAAACCAAUCGGUUCCCUGCCUAAUGGCUGGAAAGAGCUACAGACACCGGACAUGGUUCGCUUUUAUGUCAAUGAAGCUCUAGGACUUUCCACUUGGGACCGCCCAGGAGAACCUCCGAGGCCGAAUCGGUUGCCCGCGCAAUCUCCAGCUUCUAAAUUCUUAAAGCCCAAAUCUGCGGAUGCAGUAAAAUCCGCGUCCGCAAUGGCUGCGGCAGCCAGCACCCGUGCGGUUGUAGGCCCAAAGCCAGCUGGUGGCGGAAUGUCCAAGAUGUUCGGCAAAUUGGGCAAUGCGCGGAACAUCAUGAAGGUUGCUAAGCUUGGUAUGAAGCUUGCCGAAGGAGACUUUGAGGGAGCGGCAGAGUCUGGCCUCGAAGGAGAUGAAGCUGAUGAUGAUGAGGAGGAACUAGACGAAGAGCAAGAGGAAGAGGAGGCUGAGAUGGUUGAAGUGGGAUCUGGUGAAGCCAGAGUCGAUGAUUCUUUGAGCCAACCAACUCAAACAUUUCAGCAGACAACUUAUCAUGAACAGCCCGUGGUCCAACAGCCUGUCUCUAAUCAGACAGCUUAUGUACAGCCCACUUAUGAACAACAAACCUAUGAACAACAAGCCUAUGAACAGUCUCUGUAUGGGCAGCCCGUCGGGAACCAAGCACUCUACGGGCAGCCUGUUUACGAGCAGCAUGUUUAUGAGCAGCCCAUGCCCCUGGUUCAACAGUCCGGCUUUGAACAAAGCGUUGCAAUCUCCCAAGAACAGCCCGCUCUUUCUCCAGGUCAAGAAGGGUACCCACCGGGAAUCUUACAGCAGAACUUUCAGCAACAAUCACAGGUUUUAGAACACCAGGUUUUAUACGAGCAAACUGCCACGUCUCCGCCGCUGCAUAGCGAACAGUCAAUGAUUUCAGAGCAGGCCGAUGCUUGCCUGCAAUCAUCUUACCAACAGCCGAUAGUACCAAUAUCCAGCCCGGAAGCAUAUGAUCAAUCUUGUCUUCCAGGAGGCGAGCGACCAGACUUCCAGCCACAGGAAAUCCUGGCUCCAGUCUCGAUUCUGGAGGAGCCCGUUUUCAUGGAACAACAGCAGCUUCCGUAUCCUGAAGGCUCGACGACUGCUCCCCUCGUAGAACCUGCGAUUAUCACCAGCGGUGAUAUGAGUCAACAAUCGGCAAUACCAAUGAACUUCCAAGGCCCUCUGCCGCCAGAACCAAUGGGUGCAACGUGUGGUCCAAGUGAAGAGCCGGCUCCAGAUCAAUUCCAGGUGUACGCCAACCCGGGGUCAGACAUGAAAACCAUGCCUUCAGUGUCUGUAGCUUCACAGCCUGAUCAACUGGCAACUGUCGUGAGCAUUCGAGAUUUCCCAUCUAUCUCGGCGACUCUUAAAGCUGAUGUUAACUUGCAGGAGCUAUCUGCUGGACCUUUUCAUUCAUCGUCCUUGCAAGCCCUUACACCAGAACCAGUUAUCACGAAUGAAGCCGGACUGCCGGUAGACACUCAUCCUAUCUCAGUUACACCAACGUGGAUCGGGCUG